AUGCAUUCAAUUUUAGUGAAAAUUAUUCUGUUUGAACUGGUAAUUGACGGGGAAGAGAGAUCAACAAUGAAAUUAAAAGCAGCAGCUAUGUCGACAAAAAACUUUACGUGUUCAGCAGGACUUACUGGAAACAACUGUAGCAUUCCGUGUCGCUAUCCCAGUUUUGGCCAUUUCUGUCAGAGCAAAUGCAACUGUAACAACUCCAGUUGCAACGCUGUAACUGGUUGUAUUGAGGGCUCUCCAACGUUAUACCCUGUUUCAAAAUCGUCACCAGUCGUGGAGUCAUCUCAUUUCCUUGAUAAAAAAAUCACAACCCCAAAACUUUGCCCAGUUGGGUACUUGGGCCCAGAAUGUAAGAAAACUUGCAGACAUCCAAGCUACGGUAGUGGAUGUCAGAUGAAGUGUAACUGUACAGAAGAACUUUGUGACCACGUGAAUGGAUGUAAGAAUAUUACUAUUGAACGUUAUAACAGCUCUGAAUUUGACGAAUUUUGUCCCUGCAAUCAGUUUGAAGAUGGCUGUCCUAAGAUUUGUAAUUGCACUGACGGUAUUGAUGACCACAUAUCAAACUGUAAUGUGUCAGAUUACAAAGACAACAAAAGGAACAAUUCAUAUACUUUGCGAAUUGCCAUCAUCACUAUUGGGGCCAUCGACUUAUUCGUAUUAUUCAUCUACAUCUGCGUGCAUAUUAGAACCAAAAAUGAGGAAAACAAAUAUCAAGUCCAACAUGUUGGUCUUAUUAUUAACAGGGAUCAUUUAUAUGAAAGUAUUAAUGUUGUAUAAAGUUAAGUGAUUGACCAUUUAUGACUUUUUCUUGAUAUUUGUUCAGUGUUUAGUAAUAUUACAAAUCAACAUAAGAUUAA